AUGUCUGCGGAUAUCCCGCAGACUGAAAAUAUCAUGCCGUCCACCUCGAAUUCCAACAAUGAAAACCCCACCAACCCCUCCUCUCCUGCGGCAGUUAGCGGUCAUUUGCGCGCGAGAACAAACACGGCGGAAAUUGACAGUACCAUCAUUCAUCCCGGAAGUGUGAAGAUUAAUGUUACCGGAGCAUUUAUAGUCGAUCAGGAUUCGGCUUCCCCGAAGGAAUUGAAUGUGAACGAAAGGAAUUAUGAUACCAAGGAUAUCCGGCUGCCGAAUCAUACGGCGGUGAUUGGAGGUUCUUUAGCUAAACUCGUAUACUUCUCCAGAGAGGCGCAUUCGCGCGAACCAGGCGGAAGACUCAAUUUUAUGAACUUCGAGACGGAUCGGAUAGAUGAUUGUGUGGAAUUCAUGAAACAGUUGCAGAUCAAGCAACAGAAACUCAAUGGAUCGAGACCAGGAGAUCUAUGUGUGAUGGCAACCGGUGGUGGGGCAUAUAAAUACUAUGAUAAGAUUAAGGAAGCUCUGGGUGUUGAUGUUAUACGGGAAGAUGAGAUGGAAUGUUUGAUUAUUGGACUUGAUUUCUUCAUCACUGAAAUACCCCGCGAAGUAUUCACAUAUAGCGAAAGAGAUCCUAUGCAUUUCACCUCGCCGAGCUCAGACAUCUAUCCAUACCUCCUUGUCAAUAUAGGUAGUGGUGUAUCCAUGAUAAAAGUAUCCGGACCACGGGAAUACCAAAGAGUUGGCGGGACCUCUCUCGGUGGCGGGACACUCUGGGGGUUACUUUCUCUUCUAACAGGAGCUCGAACAUUCGAUGAUAUGCUCGGCAUGGCUGAACGGGGCGACAAUGCCAAAGUUGAUAUGUUAGUAGGUGACAUCUACGGCACCGACUAUGGUAAAAUCGGCCUGAAAAGCAGCACAAUUGCAAGUUCAUUCGGCAAAGUAUUUCGCAUGAAAAGAGAAGCCGAACGAUUAGCCGAAGACUCAGGAGGACAAAACAACAGCGAAGAACCAUCCACUUCCUCUCACUCUACCUCAGACCCACCAUUUUCCCAUGAAGAUAUUUCCCGGUCCCUUCUCUACGCAAUAUCCAACAAUAUCGGACAAAUUGCAUAUUUACAAUCAGAAAAACAUUCUUUGUCGACGAUAUACUUUGGGGGAAGUUUCAUAAGAGGCCAUAGACAAACAAUUAAUACAUUGAGUUACGCGAUUAAGUUCUGGAGUAACGGGGAGAAAAAGGCAAUGUUUUUAAGACAUGAAGGAUAUCUUGGAAGUGUAGGAGCAUUUUUGAAGAGGAAACCAGAGGGAUGGGGAAGAAGGAUGAGUUUUGAAGAGAGUGAGACAGGAGUGAAGGAUAUUGGGGAGGAGUUGAAAGCAUUGAGGAGGGAAAUUAGUAGGACUGAAUAA